AUGUCUGUCAUAGAAUAUUGUAAUAAGGAGACUGGCUUACAAUUGCCAAACUACUCAGAAUGUUUAAAAUUUAUUGAAGACCAUGUGGUACCUGAUAUGCUAGCGGGAUCAAUGAUGGACAGCAAGAUAAGUUAUCGUAAGGUAACAAAAAAUGAUAGUAUAAGACGAGUGGUAGAAAAGCUACAAGCAGAAAGUACGCCGAUAACGUGUGUUUUCUCCUACGGUCCACACAUUCAAAAGAUGCUAAGUAUCUUGGAAAUUUACAAAAAGGUGAUCUACAAAGAAGACAAAACUGUUAAAUUACACCAGUGGAACAAACUGAAUUGGUUCAUAAACAAAGUUGAAACUCAUAACGAAUUGAUACAUACCCGUAAAAGAGUCCCCAUACUGCUGGUAAUCAUCAUUAGAGAAGACGAUCAGCUUGCAGCAAGAGUUCAAUUGGAAUCAAAGGGGUUUACUAGACAGUCGUGA